GGAAAUUUUAAAGUUGGACUUCCGGUCAUUAUUUCCAAAAUAAAUGUAAUUCACGACUCUUGUGAGAAGGAUAUUCUUAGGUUAAAAUAAAGCCUACCUGGUGCAAUCAUACUCAGGUGAACUGAGUAGAAGACAGAUGUUUUUGUGACAUUUAAUCACGUUAAUGCUUUCCACAGUGAAAUCUCAAAUAGGCAUGAACAAACAAACAUCAUCUGGUCUGAGCUUCCAAAAUAAAGGCGAGUAAAUCCCUGGGACAUGAGAAAAUCACUUAGAAAUGUUCAUGUCAACUUUAUAUUGAAACUAGAAGUUGAACUGCUGCCAUCUUCAGACACAAAGUCGGACAGUGAUUUCAGAGGUCAGCGAGACUGCGUUGCUAAGCAACGACACCACAAAAACAAACCCGCAGGUUGAGGACAGGUGAUGAGAUGUCGUCCAGUUACUCAGCAAACCAGUUUGAGAGCGCCUUCAGGUCUCAGAGGCUGCAGAACUGGUGUGAGACCAAACAGUUCAAACAGAGGCCCACUGCACAGGAGGGCCACACCACCUUCAUAGCUGAUAAUCGAGGACAUCUGCUGCCAGGUUUAAUGAAAAAUGGUAGUGCAUGGCCAGAUUUUAAGGGGACCUGGGAUCUACCUGCCCGUGUCCCGGCACAGCACAUAAACCCUACAGGUCGCUCUGAGGUGGGGAUCAGCAGGCUGAGGACCUGGGGGUUCGACCCAGGGCACACAAGAACACUUGGGACACACCCAGGCAGCAGGCACUCUGACAGGCAGCAGGACGCUGGAAAGCAGAGCAAUGACUCUACACAGAAAGACAGGGCCGCCUCAUCUCCUGCAGUUGAAGCUCGACCAGCGUCUCAGGACCGGCUCGUCUCUUCAGGUGGCCAGAUAGCUGUGAGUCCUGGUUCUGAUAGAGCUGCAGGGAGGUGUGCAACCUCACAGAGAGCCAGCAGCAGAGCUCACAGUGACAAAGGGGGAGCAGGGAGUGAUGGGCCACAGAAAGUAGUCCCCACAGGAUUACCAUGCACCUCAGAGCAGAGCCAGAGAGAUGCAGAGAAAGACAAGUGAACUUAGAUUCGGCUCUGAGUGAAUACAAUAUAAUUUUGACAGAAUAAAGCUCAAUGACAGUUCAGGA